AUGUCCGAUAAGCCCGUAAGUCCUAUCUAUCGGCCUGCCGGCGGAACUAUCCCUCCAGACCUGAGUAUCCAAGCUCGCCCACUCGGCCUUGUCAACAAAUUUAAUAAUCGUGAUCUUUAA